GUCGGUAGUUUUCACUCUGAGGUGAAAUACGGUCACGCCCCAGGGAGCAACAAAAUCACUGAUCAUUUAAAUUAACUUCUAAAAUGUAUUGAGAGCUAUCUCCAAAAAAAAACAACGAAUAUGAUAACACGAAUUCGGACACCGGAAAUACAGAAAAGUGAAAUAGUAAAGAAUGUCAAGUGUCAGGGGUCAGUGGAACAUUAUAUUGUUCACCUUUUCCCUAGUGAUUUGUGUAAGAAAUGUGAGAACUUUGGAUCAAGUUGAUUGUUCUAAAUAUUUGAAGGGGAAUCGAACGUCAAUCUCUUGUGCUGAUUCCGGACUGGAUGAAUUUCCGGAGAAUAUAACCGAAUUGGUUGAACACCUUGAUUUAUCUGGAAACAACUUGAAAUAUAUACCAGAGGAUAUUGGACGUCUACUGGAAUUGAAGUACCUGAACCUAGCGAGAAACAAGUUGAAAGGAUUGCCUGAUAAGUUUGGAGAACUCUGGAAACUGGAGAGACUCGACUUGAGUCAGAACGAAAUUCAUGAUGUAGCUGGUGGAAUUGGAGUGAUCACCAGACUUCCAAACUUGAGGAUUUUGUAUCUCAAGGAGAAUCCAAUCACGAGUCUAGAGGACUUGAUGAAUGUGGCUGUCAGAGCCGUCGAUGCCAGCUAUUGCUCAAUCAAGAGGAUUACAAACACAUCAUUGGUUGGACUACCUGAUCUGGUGUCACUCAAUUUGGCUGGAAAUCCUUUGAAGACACUCGAGAACAUCUGCAGCGGUAAAAUCAAAUGGCUGGAUUUAUCAAACUGCAGGUUGAAUUAUCUGGUUCCAGACACAUUUCAGGGACUUCCAACUUUGGAGCAUCUUAAAAUAUCCAACAAUCCUACACUCGUCUACAGCACUAGGAGAGAAACAUUGAAGCACAACGUACUGAAAAAACUUGAUGCCUCCGGCUGCAACCUGGAUCGUCCAGGAAUCCACGGCCUGCCAUCAUUGACCCACGUGAUAUUAUCCCGAAACGUCAUACGCUUUCUUCCCGAUCGAAUUUUCUCGAAAAAUUCUGACCUCAUUGAUUUAAAUCUGAGCGGAAAUGGAUUAGCCCGAGUGAACGCCAGUUCUUUCGUGGGAAUGCCGAGGUUGGAACAUUUGGACCUGUCUGGAAACAACUUGGAGAUCCUCCAGACUUCAACAUUUCGAGACAAUGUUCAACUGAAAACCUUGAAUCUUUCUUAUAAUGAUAUGAGAAAUUUUCCUAGAGGGCUGUCCACUUCUGUUAUCAACCUGGAUCUGUCUGCGAACCUCAUCGAAGAGGUUCCAAAGGACAGCUUGAUGAACAUGUGGAGACUAAGCCAUCUAGACUUGAGUAAAAAUCGAUUGGAAAGUUUUGAUACUCAAGUGACGUCUAAAACCUCGACAUUUCUGAACCUGGAGGGCAAUAGAUUGACCAAAUUAUCUAAUCACAGCUUUAAUAAUUUACCGAAGCUUAACACACUCGACUUAUCAGGAAAUAGACUGACCGAAGGUUUCUCAUCGGAAACAUUUGUAAAUAAUCAAGAAAUGAAAAAAAUCCACCUGUACGACAAUCCUUGGCGUUGCGAUUGCGAUCAACUUCUUCAAACCUAUCUCUAUGUGAUCCAAUUACCAAGAAAAGCAAAUCUCUUCACAUUGAUCUGCCACAGCCCAAGCAACGUGUCAGGAUAUACCUGGGCUACUGCAUGUGGUAGAGUUUGGACCCAAAAACCGGACGACCAAUUAUCCAACAACAAAUCAUUUGCUAUAGUAAUGCUUGGAGUAUUACUCGCUUUUUUUGCAUUCGGUAGUGCAGUUUCCAUUGGCCACACCGUAAAAGCCAAAAGGCGACAGGCGGAGCUGAGGGUGAGGGAAGCUGAAAGGGCGGAAGCCAGAGAACGACUGAUUCUCCAUCGAAGGAGUAGAGAACUGGAGGUACAGCUCAAUCGUCAAGAUCAACACGAGCCCAGAAUUAACCCAGCGGAACUACUGGGCCCACCCACGUACGAGGAAGCCGUAGAAAUGCCCAGAAUCGGUCGGUCCCUAGAUACUUUAAACGACAUUUCAACUGACGGAUUGGGCCACUCCCAGCCCUCCCUAUCCCAAAAUGCCUGGGAACGAAAGAGAAGGAUGCAGAGAAAGCGCCCACCGAAGAGAGCACGCAGUGAAAAUGAUUUACUCUCCAGAAGAGAUGAACGAGCCAGAAGAACAGAAAAAAUCAUAAAAAAUCCACGAUCAACAUCAUCCCCUCGGAGAUCCACUUCAAAGUCCUCAGUUUCACAAACUGCUGUCACCAAAAAAGAGGGUUCAAGGCAGAAUGAAUCAGAGGAACCCGCCAGUGACGACAAUGAUACCUGGAAGAGAACGAGAUCAAGGCCAUCGAUAAAUAGAAAGAAAAAAUUUCCUAUCGCGAGGGAAAAUGGAAAUUCCAGUGAUGAUGAGGAUUCUGAUAGGAAACCAAUGUCGAAGAUUAUUGAAACAGCAGAAAAUGGACAGAACAUUAGGGUAAUAAAGCUGCAACGCGAACCCAGAAGUGGGACUUACAGGCCAUCACCUUCACAAUCUCCAGUUCCAUCACCUGAGGCUUCUGAUGCUUCGCAUGAAAUAUCUAGGAGUCACAUAGUUUGAGGAUCCAGGGGUUCCGGAAAAUUCCUCGUGUGUCGCGUAAUCCUCCGUGAUCGGCGAUUAUUUUUGGGGUCCUAAGGGCCAAGUUUAUAUCUGUCCUUCGACCAGUGAUUAGACGAACAGCUGUGGUGGGACGUAAAUCAACUCCACAAUAUUGUGAACGUGUUUGAGUGACUGUGAAAGUAAUUAAAUGCUGUACACUUAAAUUUAUUUUGUAUAAAAAAUUGAAUUCAAAAUAGUACAUUGCGUAAGGGGUGCAAUAAAAUUGUUUUUUGUGGGUGGGAUGUGAUAUGAAGGAGAGUGAUAUAAUCCCGCGCGACGAAAACCACCUUUUUCACGAGUUGCGAACGGAAAUUUUGAUGACGAUAUCCGAUGUCAGUACCAUCGACUGUUAAUCGACUAAUCAUCGAGUAUAAAUUGACCAGAAAUCAAUCAAUGAUGGGCCAUCAAUUGAAUAACCAUCUAUCCAGUGAUCAACUAAUCAAUGAUUAACCAUCAAUUGACUAAUCGUCUAUCCAGUGAUCAACUAAUCAAUGAUUGACCGUCAAUCGAUAAAUCAUCUAUCCAGUGAUCAUCCAACCAGGGAGUGACUAUCGACCGAGUGAACUAGUCGAUCGUCUGCCAAAUCCCCAUUGAGUAGUCAUAGAUCGAUUCGAAGAAUAUGCGAAGUAUAAUUUUCCGAUUCAUAUUUCAUCACAUAUAUUUCACAGAUCACAUUUUUGGCCGUUUUACUUAUCAUGCGAUUCAGAUAGUUGCAAAAUGUAUUUCGAAUUGUAUUCUUCUUCCAUGUGGGCAUCCUUGAACUGUUUUUCAUUGUAGGUUCAAUUGUCGUCGAAAUUUGGUAGUGAAGUGGUGAAACGAGAUAAGUCACUUUUGCCUGUUGACCAGUUUUUGAUGACUAUCUCAAAAUGUAGGGAAAAUAGGAUCAUUUUUAUUAUAACCUUUUUUGUGGAGACAAUUGAGUAUUACAACAAAUGUCAUUACAAUAAUUCAGUUAUCUCUCUCAGAUUCGGAGAUAUCGACCGAAAAAUCGACUCAAAGACGUCAACUCGUCUCGUUGUACUACUUCGCAACUGAAUUAAUGGAUGUCAAUCAUUACUUAUUACAAUCAUUAAUGUGUAAAUUCACAUGUAUUGAUAACAACAUUUUUCACAAGUACAAAUACCUAUUUUCUCCAUGAAA